AUGCGUGCUUUGAGUCGAUGUUGUCUUUUAAGGCCAUCCCAUGCCUUGAGGACACAAUCGCGAAGUCAUUCGUCGCACGAUUUCGAUGUGAUAGUCAUCGGCGGUGGACACGCGGGCAUUGAGGCCAUGGGUGCGGCCACUCGUAUGAACACUAAAACACUACUCGUGACACACAAAACACAAACUAUCGGAGAGAUGUCGUGCAACCCAUCCUUCGGCGGUAUAGGAAAGGGACACCUCUUGAGAGAAAUCGACGCAAUGGACGGCAUUUUUUAUGGCAAUCAAUUAAUAAGACAUCCGUCCCAUCGAUACGACUCUAUCGAGACAAUGCGUGCUUUGAGUCGAUGUUGUCUUUUAAGGCCAUCCCAUGCCUUGAGGACACAAUCGCGAAGUCAUUCAUCGCACGAUUUCGAUGUGAUAGUCAUCGGCGGUGGACACGCGGGCAUUGAGGCCAUGGGUGCGGCCACUCGUAUGAACGCUAAGACACUACUCGUGACACACAAAACACAAACUAUCGGAGAGAUGUCGUGCAACCCAUCCUUCGGCGGAGAGAUGUCGUGCAACCCAUCCUUCGGCGGUAUAGGAAAGGGACACCUCUUGAGAGAAAUCGACGCAAUGGACGGCAUUUGUCCCAAAAUAUGCGGGAUGGAGAGCACAGAUUUUCAGUAUAAAGUAUUGAACAGAAGUAGAGGACCUGCUGUUUGGGGAUGGAGAGCACAGAUUGACAGAUCAUUAUUCAAGAAACACAUGCAAAACAAAGUAUUAAACAAUACACCGAAUCUCACCGUUAAGUGCUGUUCGGCUGAAGACUUAAUUAUCAAUAAGAGUGGCGAUAGACUCGAGUGUCAGGGAAUUAUCACAAGCGAUGGCCAGCGUAUUAGCAGUCGGACAGUUGUGUUAGCGACGGGUACUUUCCUGAGGGGACAGAUCAACAUCGGUCUCGAGUGCUAUCCGGCCGGAAGGAUAGGCGAUGAGCCGGCAAUAGGUUUGGCGAAAACGCUUGAAAGCGCGGGCUUUAAGAUGGGACGACUCAAAACAGGAACUCCUCCACGAAUUGAUAAGCAAACCAUUGAUUACAGUAAUUUAGAAGCGACUGGAGGGGACAGACCUCCCCUUCCCUUCUCAUUCAUGAAUGACAGCGUUUGGAUCGAUGAAAAUGAUCAGGUUCAGACAUGGCUCACAUUCACGGACGAUAGAGUGGCCCAGUUAGUCAAAGAGACGGCACACUUGAGUCGGCACGUGAGGGAAGAGGUGAGAGGACCCCGAUAUUGCCCGUCCAUUGAGUCAAAAGUCUUGAAAUUCGGACACAAAAGCCAUCAAAUAUGGCUCGAACCGGAAGGUCUGGAUUCAAACGUGAUUUACCCGAACGGCAUAUCGUGUACACUACCCGAAGACAUACAGCAACGGCUCAUUAACCUAAUCCCUGGCCUGGAGAACGCGAAGAUGUUGAGACCGGGCUAUGGCGUGGAAUACGAUCACAUCGAUCCGCGACAACUCAAACAGUCAUUAGAGACUCUAGUGAUUGACAAUCUGUUUAUGUCGGGACAGAUCAACGGCACGACCGGCUAUGAGGAGGCGGCUGCACAGGGAAUAGUGGCCGGCAUUAACGCCGCCGCCAAAUGUCUCCAUAAAGAGCCCUUAACUCUCAGCCGAACCGAGGCCUACAUCGGAGUCCUGAUCGACGACUUAACCACUUUAGGAGUGGAGGAGCCGUACAGGAUGUUCACCAGUAGGUCGGAGUUUAGGCUUAUGUUAAGACCCGAUAACGCGGACCUAAGGCUCACACAAAAAGGCUAUGAAAUGGGAUUUGUUUCCCAAAAACGAUUUGAAAACUUCUCGAAAACGAGGGAACAGUUAGAAGAGAGCGAAAAGUUUUUGAAAUCAAUCGCAAAGCCCUUAAAUCAGUGGAGAAAUGAUUUGGGAAUUGAUUCCGACUCCAGAAGCGGAUCAACUAAAACUGCAUUUGAUAUGUUAGGACUGAAUGAGUGUUCGGUACAACAAAUGGCAAACUUAUAUCCGGAUCAAUUGAACGCAAUCAGUGGUAAUCCCAACGCCAGUACUCGACUCAAGUGUGAGGCCGCUUACGAGCGCUUCCGGAGUGAAGAACAGGAAAGAGCGCAACAAAUGAAGAGCGAAGAGAUGCUGGAAAUUAGUCCACAAAUGGAUUACAUGACCACUGAUAUGAAUCUGAGCGCCGAAGUGAGACACGUAUUGUCUCACAACAGACCCAAAACGAUCUUUGCGGCCAAACGUCUUCCGGGUGUGACUCCGGCGGCGAUUGUCUCUCUCCUGUAUUAUAUGAAACGGAUCCACAAAUCGGCGGUUAUGUCACCAAACGAUUGUCUCACUAAAAACGGGUGAUUCAGUUGUUGAUGAACAACUGGAAGCCCAUCCACGACAUCAACAUAAAGAAUAGUGUGACGGGUAUUGAGAUGGG